GGGCGUCAAGUGAAGCCUCUCAACUUCUGGAAGGACUCUGCUGUGUCCAUCUGGGAAGAAAUCCCUCCCUUUGUAGAGAGGGCCACAAAGCCGAGGAGAGCGAAGCCCAAAGGGUAGCUAUGAAUGCAGAGAACUCUGUCGUCCUUGCUGUUUACAUCUUUGCCUUCUUGGCCGGACUCCCUGCCAACCUCCUGGCCUUCUACACAUUCCUGGUGAAGGUGCGCCAGAAGGCAGCCCCCAUAGACAUCCUCCUGUUCAACUUGACCGUGUCUGAUGUGAUCCUCCUGCUCUUCCUGCCCUUCAAGAUGGUGGAGGCUGCCUCGGGCAUGACUUGGCCUUUGCCUGACUACCUCUGUCCCCUUACUGGCUUCUGUUACUAUAGCAGCAUCUAUAUCAGCACCCUGUUUCUCACGGCGAUCAGUGUGGAGCGCUACUUAGGUGUUGCCUAUCCCAUAAAAUACAAGUUGCAUCGUAAACCAAUCUAUGCAGUAGUGGCCAGCUUUCUCUUCUGGUUGCUUGCCUGUUCCCACUGCAGCAUUGUCUACAUUGUCCAGUACCAGGUGGUGGGAAUCAACGAGACUAUCUCAACCAACGUCUCCAAAUGCUAUGAAAAAUUCUCCUCCAGGCAGCUUGACAUUCUUCUCCCUGUCCGACUGGAGCUCUGCGUUUCUCUCUUCUUCGUCCCUUUCUUUGUCUCCCUCUUCUGCUACGUCAACUUAAUCCGCAUCCUGACCUCCUUACCAAACAUCCAAGCCCGAAGGAAGCAACGGGCUGUGGGCCUGGCCGUGGUGACGUUGCUCAACUUUGCCAUCUGCUUCGCUCCUUACAACAUCUCCCACAUUGUGGGUUUCAUUAAGAACGAGAGCCCUGAGUGGAGAGUCUAUGCUUUGCUCCUCAGCACCCUCAAUGCGUCCUUAGACCCAGCAAUCUUCUACUUCUCCUCCACUGCCAUCCAAAGAACUUUUUCUGAUUGUUUUGCUGGGAUGGGUUGCAAGCUGCAGGCCUUGAUGCCCACGUGCUACAAGCUUUGUUUGCCCUGCUGCGAGGCUGAAGUGGAUGACAAUGCAGUUGACAAGUCCUCUCUAUCACGUUUUGGGGAGAGGCCUUCAGAAAGGCUUGGGAGAGAGAGGUAGCUCUUGAAGAGUUUUGUUUGAGUAUACAUCAGGUUCUGCGGUGAAAGAGGUUGUCUCUGUGGGAUAAUGGAAAAUGUAUUCCUAACAACUCUUAGUACCUACAAGUCCUUCACAGAGUUUCAGACUAGCUCCCAAGCAAGGUCUGCAUGGGUCUUCUCCACAUCUGUUGCAACUCUUCUUAUGGUUGGCCUAAGUUAUGAGUUUCAAUGAAUACUAAAUAUAUUGAAUUGGUUCGCUUUGACAGAAAUGUUUUAUGUGGUCCAAAAAAGCCUGGGAAAGAUCCGAGCAAGGAAGCUACUUACGGGAACUGGCCAAUUCAGUUACCAACUAGCCCACUUGUUUCAGAUGCGCAAUUCAUUUCAUAGCUGAUGCCUCACACGGUUCAGCCUUCAUCUGUUUAUGGAAUCAUGGCAACACUGCUAGGACCCAAUGUGAACCAUCUCAGGAUUUGAACCCUUGACAUUGGCCUACUGUUGCAAUAAAGGACAAAUGAUGACUUAUUUUGUUGCCAUCCACUCUUGUAGGCUGAUUUGUUUUUGACGCGUACCAGGAAAUUCAGAGUUCAGACUUCCUGUUCCAGUAAAACUCUGCCAUUUGAUUAAGUCAAUAGGAGGCCUGUUAUCAUUUAUACAAACUGGCUGGUUAAAUAGGUUUUAAACAUGAAGCAAAAGAAAACACAGCACUCUGGCAUUAAAGAUAUCAGGAAAGGAAUCUUGCUGACAGUAUUAAUACAGAAGAAGUUUUUAUUGUAGAGACAAACAAACCAAUGGCUACCUUUUGUUUUAUCAGCAUGGGCUGUUUGCUCUUACUAAGAAAAGGUUUCUAAGGGAUUCUAUCUCUCCUGUCUGGCAAUCUGAUUAAUUGUGCAAUUAAUUGCCAACUUGCAGCAGUGGGUAAAGUAGCCACCUGCUCUCAGUAACUUUUGUGGACUCAACGUAUUUCCCAAGUUCUGUCCACAACAGCGAGAGGGCUUCUAUUUUAUGGAUUUUCUUCAUGUUUUCUUUUGGGGAAAGCAUAGUUAUUUAUUGACAUUUCUGUCAAUGUAGAUCUGGGAACGACAAUGCCUUCCAGAUAUUUUGGAGUUUCUCAUAAUCCCUUGCUAGUGAUUUAGGUGGCUAGGCCUGAUAGGAGCUAACAUCUGAAAAAAAUACCUGCUCACUCCUAACAUUGUGCAUUGACUAAUUGUGCAGUCUGAGCAUUUUUCCAAAAUCCAUUGGGCACCUAAUUAUCAUAAACGGAGGUUUUUAAUUGUGUCAGAAGCUACUUGAGAACAUACUACAAGUAAUUUAUGGUGUUAGAAAAUUGGCUGUCUACAGAGAUAUUGCCCAGGGGAUGCCGGGAUGUGUUAGCUGGGAGCAGAGCCAGCCCUAGGUAUUUUUCAAGUGUAGGCGAACAGAAUUUUCGCCACCCCCCCAACAAACCAAUCACUGAAAAAUAAAAGCAUUGGAUAAGUGAAAAUGUUUGAUAAUAAGGAGGGAUGAAGGAAAAGCCUAUUAAACAUCAAAUUACAUUAAGAUUUUACAAAUUAAGUACUAAACAUCAUAUUUUACAACAAAUCAACAGAAAAAGCAGUUCAAUACCUUGCGGAGGCAGGCCGCAGGAGACAGGAGUUGCCUCGAUGGCGCCCCAAUAAGAUGGCGCCACAGGCAACUGCCUAGUUGGCCUGGUGGUUGAACUGCCUCUGGCUGGGAGGUUUCUUUUACAUCCCCAUAAGCUAGAGCUGACAGAUGGGAGCUCACUCCAUCUCGCAGAUUCAAACCAGUAACCUUUAGGUCAGUAACCCAACCUUCAGGUCAGCAGUUCAGCUGGCACAAGGGUUUAACCAAGGUGAGUGAAUGGGUGGACUCCCAUAUAUUGUUAAAGUACAACUCCCAUCAGAUCACCCUGUCAAUAGAAAGGUAUGAUAGGUCUUGCAGGCCAACACCAUCUAGAGCAAGUUUGGAAGACUAAAGGCUUGCCCACUAGAAGACUUUGGGGAACCAUAUUUCUCCAUGAACAGUCUUGUAAAACGUUCAUUUUACCCCCAAAUAACUUCACUGGGGACAUUUUUAUUAUGUUUCUGGGAGCAUUUUAGGACAAGGUGAGACAUUUUUAACAAUGGGAAAUGAGGAGAAGUCACUUCCUUCUUCAAAAAAAAAACAACAACUUCAUCUAAACUGAGGUUGGACCAGAGAUGUCUCAAAAUGCAAUGGAAAUACCCCUCACAUCUCCUGGGGAGAAUUGGAGCCUAUUUUAUUUUAUUUGCAAUUUGACAACUAGCAGGCUCAGUAGGCCACCAAACAUGGCAGGAAUGCCCUCCACACUUUCUGGAGCAAUACAGGUAAAAACUUCUGGAGCUUAGAGGGUCAGGCAUCUCUCACUUGUAGCUUAAGGAGUGUGGAGUUUAACACACUCCGCAUCUUUUAGAUCUGUGGUCCCCAAACGUUGGUGGUCUGAAAUUGACAUUGCUUCCCGAAAAACUUGUCAGCUUGAUCAACAGCCAGGAAUUCUGAGAACUGUAGUUCAAAACAUCUGGAGAAUCAAUGUUUGAGAACCACUGUUCUAGGAGAAUCAGAAAAUCAGAAAGUUGGCUUGUUCAGAGAACGUUAUCUUUACCCCACAAUAUAAAAUUGUAAUGGUCAUUAGCCCAGAGUUUUCCGGCAUUUUUCCCAGUGUCUCAUUUAUUCUUUUUCAACUAUUCAAACAAUAUGAUUAGGAUGAAAGAUCCUUCAUUGAGCUGUCAUAAACAUAGGUACUUAGGCUUUGAUAUUUUGUAAACUGCCAAGUGAAUUAAACACUGUGGGACUUUUUCUGGAAUAAGGACUUGCAGUGUCAGACUCUGAGUUUUUUUUUCUGAUAUGGGGAUUGAUGGUUCAUAAAUCAUUUUGUUAAAAAGCAACAUGUCCUAGAGAUAAUGAAGCCUUUGAGAGAGGACGGGGGUCCCCUCUUCUCCUGAAAUGAAUUGCCUACAAUGGGAUACAUGGAACAACAUGCCCAAUGGGUCUAUGAAUAAACUCACAUAUUUA